AUGAAAGUGUUUUUGAGUGAAGGUAAUCCGCACUGUGUGAAAGUGUUAGCUGUGCUUGGGCAUACAGGAGUCAAAUGCGAAGUGCAGCAUGUCAGCCAUGAGGAAAGAGUGGUUCCCUUCCUGACUCGUCCAGUCCUCCCUGUUCUGCUUUUACCCAAUGGGCAACAUAUCUUCAGUGCUAAUGCCAUCUGCCAAUAUCUGUUUGAGGUUGGUGGCAAAGAGACCAGUGAUGCCAACAACCAGCUACUGGAAUGGGAAGCAACAGAAUUGCAGCCUGCACUGUUUCAGGCUCUCCACAUGAUGGUGCUACAGGGAAAAACCAGUGAGGCUGGCACACUUCUGAAAGCACUGCUGAGGUGGCUGGAGCAGUACUUGAGUGGCAAAAAUACACCACACCUGACUGCAGAGGCUGUGUCAGUGGCAGACAUUGUGCUGUGGGCGACGCUUCACUAUGUUCUGGCUAAUUCUGCUUUUGAAGCAGGCGAGUUGGGUUGUGUUCGAGGCUGGUUUGAGCGUGUAGCUCAGUUACCAGCAUGCAUCAAAGCUGUUGAGAAGAUUCAGCAAGGCAAAGGGCUUGACAGUCUAAAGAGUUUUCUCCAAAAACAGCCAGCUCCACACACACUACACAGGGACAAGCAGCCCUGUGCUAAUGGCAAUGAGACCGAAGACGCAGAGCUUAUGAUGACAGAAGAGGAAAUUGAGGCAGCAACAGAAUCUUGGAAAAAGGGACUGGCAGAAUGUCCUGCAGCCACACAGAAGCAACACCCUGUUCUACCCCAGGAAGGAAAGCGGAACGUCCUGAUCACAAGUGCACUGCCAUAUGUGAACAACGUACCUCACCUCGGCAACAUCAUUGGCUGUGUGCUUAGUGCUGAUGUAUUCGCCAGAUAUGGGCGUUUGAGAGGCUGGAACUUAUUAUAUGUGUGCGGGACGGAUGAGUACGGCACUGCCACAGAAAACAAAGCUCGUGAGGAGGGCCUGACUCCUCAACAGAUCUGUGAUAAAUAUCAUGCUGUACAUUCUGCCAUCUACAAGUGGUUCCAGAUCGAUUUUGACUAUUUUGGCCGCACCACCACCGAUCAACAGACUAAAAUAGCACAGGAUAUAUUCUGGCGUUUACAUGAGAGGGGCUAUCUGUUGGAAGACACGGUGGAGCAGCUGCGCUGUGAGAACUGUCAGCGCUUCCUGGCUGAUCGCUUUGUGGAAGGAGUGUGUCCUCACUGCAAAUACCCUGAGGCUAGAGGGGACCAGUGCGAUAAGUGUGGUCGACUUAUUAAUGCUGUGGAGCUUAAGGAGCCUCAGUGUAAGGUUUGCCGGCAGACUCCUGUGAUUCGCAGCUCUAAACACUUGUUUCUCGACCUGCCCAAGCUGGAAGGCGAGUUGGAGCAAUGGCUGGAGCAGACUUUCAGUUCUGGAGACUGGACAACAAACGCUAAGAACAUCACCCGAUCUUGGAUCAGAGACGGCCUGAAGCCACGCUGCAUCACACGGGAUCUGCAGUGGGGGACAGCUGUACCACACCCAGACUACAGCGAAAAGGUGUUUUAUGUUUGGUUUGAUGCCCCUAUUGGCUACCUCUCCAUAACGGCCAACUACACCCCUGAAUGGGAGAAAUGGUGGAAGAACCCAAAGCAGGUGGAGCUGUACAACUUUAUGGCCAAGGACAACGUCCCGUUCCACAGUGUGGUCUUCCCCUGCUCUCUACUUGGUGCACAGGACAACUACACGCUUGUCAACAACCUGGUCGCUACAGAAUACUUGAACUAUGAGGAUACUAAGUUCUCAAAGAGCCGCGGUGUGGGAGUGUUCGGUGACAUGGCUAAAGACACUGGCAUUCCUUCUGAUGUCUGGCGUUUUUACCUUCUCUACGUGAGACCCGAGGGCCAGGAUUCAGCCUUCUCCUGGGCUGACAUGGCUAUUAAGAACAACUCAGAACUGCUUAACAACCUGGGCAAUUUUAUCAACAGAGCAGGUAUGUUUGUCAGUAAGUUCUUUGACGGCGUUGUGCCUGAGAUGGUCCUGCAGGAUGAAGACAAGAGGCUUAUUGCUCAGGUGUGCUGGGAACUCAAGCAGUACAUCCAGCUGCUGGACAAAGUCAAGAUCCGCGAUGCCCUGAAGUGCAUCCUUAACAUCUCUCGCCAUGGCAACCAGUACAUUCAGGUUAAUGAACCCUGGAAAAAGAUCAAAGGAGGAGACGAGGACAGGCAACGUGCAGGCACAGUGACUGGCGUGUCUGUAAACGUGGCGUGUCUUUUGUCAGCCAUGUUGGAGCCAUAUAUGCCCACUGUCUGUCAGACCAUCCGUGCCCAGCUGCAGGCUCCAGCCAACUCCACCAGCGCCAUGCUGAAUGGGGAGGGGCGCUUCCUUUGCAGCCUCCCAUCCGGCCACCGCAUUGGCACGGUCAGUCCUUUGUUCCAGAAGCUGGAGUCUGAAGAAAUUGAGAGUCUGAAGAAGAAAUUUGGAGGACAGCAGGAGGAGACCCCUGCAGCAAAGGUUCCCCGUGGCAUGGCAAGCUCGACAGAAUCCAAGCCUCCCUCUGCUACACAACCCAUCACUGACACGAGCAAAAGCACAGCCGAUCCCGAGAGAGCCAAACAGCUGGCUGCAGCGGUGACAGAACAGAGUGAUAAGGUGCGCGCUUUGAAGGCACAAAAGGCAGAGAAAUCAGUCAUCAAUGCAGAAGUUGCUAAGCUUCUGGAACUGAAGAAAGAGCUUGCUUUGGCUGAAGGAAAGAACCCUGAACCUGCCCCUCAGAAAGGAAAAAAGAAGUGAUGAGAGAGAGACAGGAAUCCAUUCUCAACUUGUACAUGAAAACGUACAUGAAGGUAUUCUCGCUCAGAUGGGACAGUGCGCUCCAGGAGGAAAAUAUAGCCGUAGCCAGAUUUUAAAAGACGGCUGCCAAGGGAACCAUUUUGACUGUUGUAAUACAAACCCUGCUAUGCUGCACAGCUGUAACUGAAUCCCAUGCGUUUUCUUAUUGUCAAUGUCAUACACUCAGUUUCAUCCCUCUAAUGUCUGGUGUUUUAAUAAACUAUACAAUUGUUUCACAAAAAAAUAUUCUUUGAGUAUUAUGGUUGCAUACAAUAU